AUGAAAAUUGCAUUCUGUGUUUCAGAUGUGAGAGGUCCACUCACACACAGGAUAUCAUGUGGAAAAUCACAUCAUGGACAUGCAAUAUGGAACACCAAAUUUUGUGUUGUCACGGAUGGCCAAUUGCUAUUGCUGGAUAAAGAAGAGAUUCAUCCAUUGCUGCUGCAAGAACGGCGAGCAGAAUCAUGUAGGGCAAGGCUACUAGUUCGAACUGUUAGUGUUCCUUCUGAAAGUCAGUUUCCAGAAUGUCAACCAAGUGGAUCAGAAGAGCAUGGAGAAGAAAAGAAAACUGAGAGCCGAUUCCGGAUAGAAGGGUGUCCAGCAUCCAUGUUCUCACCUGGAAUGAUAGAAUUUUAG